UCUCUUCCUAAGAUUCUGUCUGUUUACUCAAAUCAACAUCCUUUUAGUUUUUUAUUUUUGUUCCCGUUACAAUAAACGCAGAAAAAACCCCAAACCCUUGCACGAACUCAAAAAACGGCUUUUUCUUUUUUAUAAACAGAAUCACUGGAAAAUCAUUUCUUCCAAUCCUACUUCUCUCUGUGGAGAAACUCCAAUGGAAUCUCUUUCAAGUUCAGUAUUCAUCUCUAAUCUACCUGAGUCAUACCCUUUUCUCAACACCCACUUACCUUCUUCAUCUUCUUCUUGUUUGAUCAACGCGCCAACUAAACGAAUUGCGUCUCUCAAAUUCAAGUCUGAAACCUCUCACUUUCAUGGGUUUCGUCUCCAUGCUUUACCUGGCGAGGUUCCGGACAAAAUUGAUGACCAGCCGCAGCCCCUUACCCUCAAUAAUGGGUUUGGCUUAGUUUCUGAAGAUAGUCUCUCUGCAUCUCAGGGUGAUCCAAAUCACAAUAAAAAUGGCGAAAAGGAUGUAGAUAAAUUAAUAAAGGUUGAAACCCCUGUCACCAUUCCAUAUGGGAGUGGAGCAAGUGGGGGUACAAGAGCUGGGCUUUUCAGAACCCCAAUAUCUGGUGGAGUGCAGAGUGCAACUUCAGCGCAUGGGUUACCUCGCCCAGCCUUAGCAGUUCGUAAUCUGAUGGAACAAGCCAGAUUUGCUCAUUUAUGCACUUUAAUGUCUCGGAUGCACCACCGACGAGAAGGGUAUCCCUUUGGCUCUCUGGUAGAUUUUGCACCUGAUUCAAUGGGUCACCCAAUAUUUUCAUUUUCGCCAUUAGCUAUCCAUACGCGGAAUUUAUUAGCAGAGCCCAGAUGCACCCUUGUCGUGCAGAUACCUGGAUGGAGUAGCUUAUCAAAUGCAAGGGUAACAAUAUUUGGUGAUGUCUACCCGCUUCCUGAACAUCAACAGGAAUGGGCUCAUAAACAGUUCAUUGCAAAACAUCAACAAGGGCCAUCUCAACAGUGGGGAAAUUUCUACUACUUCAGGAUGCAGAACAUAAGUGAUAUAUAUUUCAUUGGAGGAUUUGGCACUGUUGCAUGGGUCAAUGUCAAGGAAUAUGAGGCGCUUAAACCGGAUAAGAUUGCUGUUGACGGAGGUGAACAAAAUCUGAAGGAACUCAACGCAACCUUUUCAAAGCCCCUCAAAGAGCUGUUAUCAUCUGAAGCUGAGGUCGAUGAUGCAGCUCUUAUAUCAAUAGACAGCAAGGGAAUUGACAUUAGGGUCCGUCAAGGUGCACAGUUCAACAUACAGAGGUUAUCAUUUGAAGAAGGGCAGGCUGUUGAAACAUUGGAAGAAGCCAAAGCUGCUCUGUGGAAAGUAAUAAAGAAAGGCCAAGUGCACAAUCUGAAGCGAUAGAAGUUGUGCAUUUUUGGCCUUUCUAGCCAAUUCGAUGCAAAUCUCAGCCAUCACUGAAUGUAAUAAUAUAUAGCAAGUUGUUAUUAAUUUCUUUUAGAUGUAAAUUCUAACAAGGAUUGUACCCCAAAAUUUUGUUCCAACGUUACUUUUUGUUGCAACACAAGUUGGAAUAUAACUUGGAACUCGACGCAAAGCCACAAUUUUCCAUGCGGAAUUUUCAGAUGAGCCUAGCGGUUUGUGAUUUGAGUCAAUUAAGAUGUGAAGUUCCAAAGUGAAGGCUUCGGAUUCCUAAGAAGGGAGGGAUGGGGGGAAAGUCUAUUUACCAUAUUUCAAAUGGGAAAAGAAAUACAAAGAAAAUGGAAUGGGUGACGGAAAGGAUAAGCUGAAUCUUUUCCUGUCGUUUUGUGAGCCUUUGCAUCUGCUAGUUUCAAAUCCUU